AUGAGAUUUAAGGCCAAACUUUUGGAUAUUAACUGCAUGCAACAACUAACUCGUGUUGGCGCGAGUAUGUCACGAAUGACCAAAAACUGUGUGCUAUGCCUUGCUCCCAAGAAAGUUGUCUUUGUAAGCAAUGAAAGAAUUUCCGAAGGUGGCACUAGAAUAUGGUGUGAAAUACAGCAGGAAACAUUAUUUGAUGACUAUCGCAUUGAAGGGAAAGAUAAUAGCAAUCGUAUCUUCUUGGAACUCAUUACAGACAACUUUGCUAGAGCAUUAAAAUCGAUCCAAUUUGGCGUAGUUUCAGUUAAAAUACGGUUAACCAAAAAGUAUACGCCUUGCCUAACAAUAGAAAUUGUAACUGCUUACGGAAAUUCAAACAGAAUAAUAACACACGAUGUACCUGUUGUCAUUGUUCCACAACGGGACUGGUACGAAUAUGAAGAACCCGAUAUGCCCCAAUUUGAUGUUAGCAUUUACAUGCCACAAAUGAAAGUAUUAAAACAAGUGAUUGAUAGAAUGAAGAACUUGAGCGAACACCUGGUAAUUACUGCUGAUCAAAAAGGCAACAUGACUUUGAAAACUCAAAAUGACAUUGUCACGGUAGAAACGCAUUUUAAGGAUCUCGGUAAUCCCGUUUGGGCUAACGAUGCUGCAAACAACAGGAAAGAGGCAUCGACGCAAAUAGGGGCGAUGGAAGCCUGUAUUUAUAUUAAGAAACUGGCUCAGCUAUUGCAGGGCCAACAGAUUAACCCGUCAAAGAUUAUUUGCAAUCUAUUGGCAGAAAAAGCUAUUCAUAUUUAUUUAGUUAGUGAGGACGUCAUUCUCCAAUACUACAUUCCUGCUGCCAUGUAA